CGAACUACGCAGGUGCCGUCUGAGAUUUUAAAGAGAACCCUCGCCACCCCCACCUCACGCACGUAUCACAGUUUUUAUUUUCUAUCCGAAUUCCCCGUGCUUGCCGAAGGAUCACGUUUAACUGUUUACACGUAGAUUCAGAGUCAUAUCCAUAACACGGUGUUAAACUUUAAAAUGGAAACCUGAAAACAGUAAGGAGGAAUGCUGCUGUGAAUUGCUUUGCCACAGGGCGAGUUUUUGCACGUGGAACAGAGCCUGGGCAGUAUCUCUCUCUCUGCCCCAUCACUGGCCCCCAGGUCUUUGCUUUGUGGAGGCAGGAUGGACAAAUUCCUGGUGAAGAGGGUUCGAGGGGACCUUUUGGGAAAAAGGGAGCAAGAGCAGGCUGGAGAAGGCUCAGCAGGGUUGGGAGAAGACAAGGAAAGCACCAGGAAAAGGCCCAGGAGGGAACCGCCAGGGAAGGGUGUGGACUUGGGAGGCCCAGACUGGCGACACCUUCGGUCAGAGGGCCUGGACUGUGAUUACACAGUCCUGUUUGGCAAAGCUGAAGCGGAUGAGAUUUUCCGGGAGUUGGAGCAAGAAGUGGAAUAUUUUACAGGUGCACUGGCCCAGGUGCGGGUGUUCGGGAAGCUGCACAGUGUGCCAAGGAAGCAGGCGACGUACGGCAACACCGGGCUGACCUACACGUUUUCAGGCCUCACUCUGUCCCCAAAGCCUUGGAUCCCGGUGCUGGAGCGAGUCCGGGAUCGUGUGUCGCAGGUGACCGGACAGACCUUCAACUUCGUGCUCGUUAACAGGUACAAAGAUGGCCGCGACCACAUCGGGGAACACCGGGAUGACGAAAGGGAACUGGACCCCGGGAGCCCCAUCGCCUCUGUCUCCUUUGGGGCCUGCAGAGACUUCUUCUUCCGCCACAAAGACUCUCGAGGGAAGAACCCUGCCCGGAGGGUGGAGGUGGUCAGGCUGCAGCUGGCCCACGGGAGUCUGCUGGUGAUGAAGCCCCCGACCAACUCUUGCUGGUAUCACAGCCUCCCCAUCCGCAAGAAGGUUCUGGCUCCGCGCGUCAACCUGACCUUUCGCAAAAUCCUGCCUGCUAGGAAGUAAACAGGU